AUGCUGUUGAACAACAUAUGUGAGAGCUUUAAUGCUGUGUUGAGAGAUGCAAGGGACAAGCCAAUAAUAACAUGCCUUGAAUGGAUUAGGAGGUAUGUUAUGAAGAGAAAAACUGAGAAAUGGGAAGCCGUGCAAAGUGUUGAAGGCAGAUUUAUGCCUUAUGUUGCCAAGGUCUUCAAAUUUGUCUCACAAUUGGCUAGUAACUGUGAAGUGAUUCCUUCAAGGCUGGACAUUUGGGAGGUGGACUACUACAGUGAUAGAUAUGUAGUCAAUUUGGGACAGAGAACAUGUACUUGCUUCAGUUGGGAGCUCACUAGGAUACCAUGUGCUCAUGCUUGGACUUGUAUCAUUAAGAAGAGACUUAGGCCAGAAGACUUUGUUGAUUCUGUCUAUAGCAAGGACAAAUACUUAGAGGCAUACACACCAACUACUAAUCCAAUGCCUGGCAUGAAACAAUGGGAAAAGAGGCCUGACAUGAUGCAGCCAAAAUCACCUGUCAUGAGAAAAAUGCCUGGUAGACCUUCCCACAAGAAAAGAAAGCAAGAACUUGGUGAAAGGGAAGAGGCUUUAGAACAGCAAAAACAAAAGAAAAAGCCAAAGUGCUCAAACUGUGGAGUGACAGGGCAUUACAAGAACAAGUGUAAGAACCCAGCACCACCAUCAAUGAACCCUUGGAAUGUUCUACAAAGGCAGAAGAACUGGGAUAGAGCUGUCAAGAAGGGGAAGAUUGACCGAGCAACUGGGACACCCACAUCACAGUCUGCUCCUUCUCGGCAUAGCUCACAAGCUGUAGGACCACCACAACCAAGUUAA